AGUACGAAUUUUUUAAAUGAAAUUUUUUUCGUUUUAAAAAAUCGAAUAUUGUGAAUGUGAGCCGCAAUUGCGGAAACGAAGUGCGUUUGAUUGGCUGCUUGCUGUGUUAAGUGUUUCACAACUGUGCAAAAAUAGUUAGAGUAAAAAAAAAUUAGAAUUUUUUCUACAAAGUCAAACACGUACACAGGCUGAAGCGAGCGGUAGGCGGUAUGUAGGUAGAAAUAACGGUGCGUACGCUUCCGUUUUGCAUUUGAGUUUGACAUUUUAGGCCAUUGAAUAAGCAAAACGUGCUUCCAACUAACAUCACACCUAAGCAGCUACAGAGCAGAGCAACCGCCGCCCCAACAGCAGAGGCAGUAAGGCUGGCAUCCAAGCAGCCGUCACGGGAGGAGAUCUCAGUACGGCACUUAGACAAUACAUACACGCUGUGCAAAAUUGUGCCGGUCAGGGCGUGCUAAGUUUAGCCUUAUCACUCGCAUACGCGUGUUUCCUGUGUCUCUUGGCCGUUGCCUUUGCCUGUGCCUGUGCCUGUGCCUGUGCCUGUGCCUGUGCCCGAGACGUUCAACGGAGGUAGUGAACGCGAAAACAUAUUGGAAUUUCGGUUUGGUGCGCAUGACUCAAUAGCAGCCAAUAUGAGGUCUUUAUCAAGUGCUGGUGCUGAUAUUUUAACAAAACACUCAAUUAAUUCGUUGCUGGAACAGCGUCAAGAUUUUUUGAGUAGGCGAAAUGAGACCAAUGAUGAGCUAAUAUCACCUUUAAAUGAUCCGCCUAUCGCUCUUAACGAUUUUCUUGGCUUUGGCAAAACAACUACAAAUCCUUUGCUAUUGGGCACAAAUGUGGACACGCUGUCUACUUCAAUGGCCGCCUACACACCAUUGACCCCGAGCUCAUCGCAAUCCUCGGCCUCGCCGGGUACACUGUCUGCGAAUUCUUUCGAUAUUUUUCAGUUUGAAAAUGUUGCACAAAAUAACACACCACUUAAGGUAUUUCAAAGAAACAUCAGCUUCGAUUGUUCUGCACCUUUAUCGCCAAGUACGCCCACCUCUAUUUACAAUCGCUCUUUUCUCAAUUCACCUUUAGUCAGCGAUGGCAGCAACUCAUCGAGCGCCAACGGUUUAUCGGUUGAUUCGAUACCGUUAAUGUAUCAGAAUAAUUUUGUGGGCAGCGGUAUUGGUGGCUGUCUAUCGAACAGUCGCUCCAACUCACCGGAAAGUCAGAACAGCAAUCAAUCCAAUGUGGAGCAUAACUUGAUUGAUAUGAUUAAUUUGCUCUCUGUAGCUGAUAAUGAGACGCAGAUUCCAUUGCAUCAACAGCAGCAAUUGCCGUCGCAAUUGUCGUCUUCUGCUUCCCAGCACCAACUCUCCCAGCUGUCUUCGCAGCAGCCGCAGCAUCUUCUAUCACCACUGCAAAUCGACCAACAGUUUUCGCUCGGACAACAGCAGCAACAGCAGCAGCAGCAGCAGACAUCUACUACCUCACUCAGCAGUCUCGGGAAUGCCAACAAUAUGUCUGGCUUCACCACAAAUUUGUUCGAUGAGCAGCAGUUGCAGAAUUUCGAUGCGCUCACAGCUGUGGAUUUGGAAUUGUCGAAGUUGCAAAAUAUGCAGGCAUUCAACGCCCUCAAACUAUUGCAGGCACAAUCGCAACAGGUGCCGUUGCUGAAUCAAUUGUUGCAAGGCUACAGCAAUAGCAUGAACCAGUUCAAAGGGCUGACACAGCCACAAGCGCAACCGCAAUCGGCCGCAGCAGCCGAUGCUCAUUUGGACCGCGUAGCAAAAUUUUAUCGCAGUUCGGCUGCACUCUACGACGCCACUUGCACCUGGAGUGGCCAGUUGCCACCGCGCUCACAUCGCAUGUUAAAUUAUUCACCGAAAGUGUUUCUUGGCGGCAUACCGUGGGACAUAAGCGAACAAUCGCUUAUACAAAUAUUCAAGCCGUUCGGACAGAUCAAAGUCGAAUGGCCCGGCAAAGAGCAGCAGGCGGCACAACCAAAAGGCUAUGUCUACAUCAUAUUCGAAUCGGACAAGCAGGUCAAAGCUUUGUUGUCAGCUUGUGUCUUGCAAAUCGAUGAUUCACAGAGUGGUGGCAUUUACUAUUUCAAGAUUUCGUCACGCCGUAUCAAAGCGAAAGAUGUUGAAGUCAUCCCUUGGAUUAUAGCUGAUUCCAACUUUGUCAAAUCAACUUCACAGAAACUGGAUCCAACUAAGACGGUAUUUGUGGGUGCAUUGCAUGGCAAACUUACUGCAGAGGGUUUGGCGAAAAUUAUGGAUGACCUCUUCGAUGGUGUUCUGUAUGCAGGUAUCGACACCGAUAAAUACAAAUAUCCAAUUGGUUCCGGACGUGUUACUUUCAACAACAAUCGCUCCUACAUGAAGGCCGUGUCGGCAGCUUUCAUUGAAAUACGCACAUCUAAAUUCACUAAAAAAGUGCAGGUAGAUCCAUAUUUGGAAGAUUCACUCUGCUCCAUCUGUGGUGUGCAGCACGGGCCGUACUUUUGUCGUGAACUCUCCUGCUUUAGAUAUUUCUGUCGAUCGUGCUGGCAAUGGCAGCAUUACUCCGAUGGCGUUAAAAAUCACAAGCCACUAACGAGAAAUUCAAAAUCACAAAUGUUAGUUGGAAUCGGGCCUAGUUCCUCCUCUGCAUCGUUGUCAUCCAUAAACUCAAGCUCUCAGCCCCAACAGCAACCAAAUUUGCAGUCACAACAUGCAUCCCAACAACAGCAGAUGCAGCAACAACAACAACAACAACUGCAGCAACAGCAACAUGCUCAUCAAAACCACUUGAAUAAUGGCUAUCAACAAUUUGAGCAUGCGCAUCAGCAUCAAAACAAUUCACAUUUGCACCGUUUGCAUCAGAUGCAGCAACAGCAACAGCAACAGCAACAACAUCGAGCAUCGCCACAGUCAAUGUUUCAAAUGAACCAGCAGCAACAACACGAACAAUUGCAACACCAACAACAAAAUCAGCAGCAAUCUAUAUUUUAAGCAGUGCUUUGUUAGUGUUAAGCACGAAAUUCAAUUGAAUCUUUAAGUUGCUAGUUAGCCUAGCUUAUCUCACACACAAUCGUACAUAUGUAUAUCCAAUUGAAUAAUGUGUAAAUUAGUUUAAUUCCUAUCUCCCAGUAAUUUUCUUUCCUUUUGUUAAAAGUUCUAUAUUUUUUGUUAAUUCUACUUUUAGGCUGCAUAAAAAUAUUUUUGUAAAUAUUCUUAAUUUUUAGGCACAAUCUUUAAAAAUGCUCACACGCAUUGAGGCACUCACAUGAGUUGAGUUGCAAAAUUAAGUACUAUAAAAAAUUUUAGAUUUUAGAUAGCGAGCGGCAAAUUACGGACUUGUACAUAUGUAUAUACAAACAUACAUACAUACAUACAUACAGACAUACAGUACUCAUGUAACAUAUCAACUUUUUGUAGUCUUAAUUUGAGCUCCUAUGUGUGCUUUCUAAAAGCUGAACUGUUUAUUUAUAGUUUCUUUAUUUUUGCCGUAAAUUAGUUAGGGCAUCUACCUAUAAGACCUGCUAUUUUUUAGAAACGAGUUAUUUCUAAUUAGGUUAGCAAAUGUACUAUAGUUAUUUGUAGUUUGCCAUUAAAAAAUAUUUAGGCAUAUCUUAUUUGUAAAUAAGCUAUCGUAAGAUAAUUAUUUUUCUUGAGAGUGUACUUUGUUUGAGUGGUGGAAAAAUCAUUUUUCACUUUAGUAUUGAAAAUUGAAAAUUUUCCAACACAAUUUCAAAGAUUAUUAAACUAGUUUAUUUAUUUAAAUUAUAUUUUUAUGCAGUUGUUUGCUUCCCAACUUUAUGUCUUGCCCUUAUAAGUUGCUGUUUUGUUAUU